AGCCGGGGUGCGCGGGGGACCCCGGGGCAGGAGGGAGCUGAGCAUCUCGGCUCUUCCUCGGGGCCCAGGCGCUGCUUGCCGCCCUGUGGAGGCGUCUCUGGGUCGGGGGGAAACGGGCGUGCAAAGAACGAGAGACAAAGCAGAUUGAUUACGGGUAGCCAGACAGAACCAUUUGGACAUAAAUAUCUAUGCAAAAAAUGAAAAUGAAAAGCUGAGCCAUGCAAUCCGUAGGGAAAGACGGUCGGAAGAUUGAAGGCGAGAAAAGAAAGCGCUUCUUCCUGCGGUGAACUGUGGAUCUCCCUCCCGCAGGAAGGGCCUAUUAACCAGCGGGGGUGGGACGGGGGAGUCUCGCCUGGCAGCUCUCAGCCCUCACAAGACUCCAACAAUCAGUGCCGGAAUGUAAAUACAGGCAUGUGAUAUAACAAUCCCACACAUCUGCAGCACGGAGGAUUGAAAUUCCCAACAGUCCGAACUAACCACGUUCCCCAGGAUUCUUUGGAAGCCAUGGCUCUUUCAAGGGGUCUGAUUCUGCUUUGAAGCGCUGUCCCUUGGCUCCACCCCCACGUGCUUUGAACUUACCCCCCGUCAUCCUCAGGGGGUUGGCCAGGAUUUGCUAGUGCUUCUAAUUGGGACAGACAGAACUUGGCAGAAGAAAAAGGGAUCUCCGCGAGGCUUCAUGAGAGCACAAAUGGAUGAGCAAGACUCAGCUGACCCUGAAGCAGGAAGAGGCCAUGCUAUCAAAACUGGGAGCAGUGGGAGUUUCUGGGGAAACUCGCUGCAGAAGGUCCUGGGUGAGGACACCCUCCGCUCAGAGGUUAAGAGCCAACAGUUCAGGCGGCUCUGUUCCCUGGAGACUGAAGGACCCCGAGAAGUUUGCAACCAAUUUUACCGUCUUGAUGGUCAGUGGCUGAAGCCAGAAAGGCAUACAAAAGUUCAGAUGCUGGACCUGGUGAUCAUGGAGCAGUUCCUGGCUGUCCUUCCACUGGAGAUGGAGUGCUGGGUGAGGGAAUGUGGAGCAGAGACCAGUUCCCAGGCAGUAGCCCUGGCUGAAGGUUUUCUCCUGAGUCAGGCAGAGGAGAGAAAGCAGGCAGAGCAGCAGGGAAAGGAACUGUUUGCAGAAAAGGGCUUGGAUUCCUCAGAGAGGACUCUGUUGGAAACCAGAGAGAGGCUGUUGGGUGACCAAAUGAUGCCAUCAAGACAUGCUCCUCCAUCUUUUCUUGGUGCUGGAGGGGAAGCAGCGGCUGUGGAACCAGAUCAAGGUCCAGUGUGCUUUGAAGAUGUUGCUGUUCAUUUCACAGAUGAGGAAUGGGCGUUGCUGGAUCCUGACCAGAGAACUCUGCAUAAGGAAGUCAUGGAGGAGAAUCGUGAGGUCAUGGACUCUCUCAGUGCUGAUGAAUUGGAAAUUAAGAACAAGAGAGACCACUGCAAAAUCCACACAGCGGAGAAGCCAUAUAACUAUAUGGUGUGUGGAGAAAGCUUCAGUCAGAGCUUCCAUUCCUCUUCCCAUCAAAAAAAUCCCAUUGAGAAGAAACUCUGUCAGUGCUUGGAAUGUGGAAACAGCUUCAAUUCCAAGAGGAGUCUCACUUCCCAUCAAAAAACUCAUAGCAGGAAAAAAUCAUAUCAGUGCUUGGAAUGUGGAAAAAGCUUCAGUCAAAGCUCCUAUCUCAUUUCCCACCAAAGAACUCACAGCGGGGAGAGACCAUAUCAUUGCUUGGAAUGUGGAAAGAGCUUCACCUGGAAGGCAAGUCUCACUUCCCAUCAAAUAAUUCAUACAGGGGAGAAACCAUAUCAGUGCUUGGAAUGUGGAAAGCGCUUUAGUCGGAACUUUCAUCUCACUUCCCAUCAAAGAACUCACAGUGGUGAGAAACCGUAUUGGUGCAUUGAAUGUGGAAAGAGCUUCAGUCAGAAGGGCCCACUCACUUCCCAUCAAAGAACUCACAGUGGGGAGAAUCCCUAUCAGUGCUUUGAAUGUGGAAAGAGUUUCACCUGCAAGGAAAGCCUCAUUUCCCACCAGAGAAUUCAUACAGGGGAGAAACCAUAUCAAUGCUUAGAAUGUGGAAAGAGCUUCACUUGGAAGGUAAACCUUACUUCCCAUCAAAGAAUUCAUACAGGGGAGAAACCGUAUCAGUGUUUGGAAUGCGGAAAGAGAUUCACCCAGAAGGAAGGUCUCACUUCCCAUCAAAGAAUUCAUACAGGGAAGAAACCAUAUCAGUGCUUAGAAUGUGGCGAGAGCUUCGCCUGGAAAGUAAGUCUCACUUCCCAUCAAAUAAUUCAUACAGGGGAAAAACCAUAUCAAUGUUUGGAAUGUGGAAAGAGCUUCAGUCGGAACUCCCAUCUCACAUCACAUGAAAGAAUUCACAGAGGGGAAGAGCCAUAUCAGUGCUUGGAAUGUGGAAAGAGCUUCAUUCGGAAGGAUAAUCUCAUUUCCCAUCAAAGAAUUCACAGCGGAGAGAAACCCUAUCAGUGCUUGGUAUGUGGAAAGAGCUUUAGUCGGAAAGAAAGUGUCACUUCCCAUCAAAGAAUUCAUACAGGGGAGAAACCCUAUCAGUGUUUGGAAUGUGGAAAGAGCUUCAGUCAGAACACCCAUCUCAUUUCCCAUCAAAGAAUUCAUACAGGGGAGAAACCAUAUCAAUGCUUGGAAUGUGGAAAGAGCUUCAGUAAGAGGGCCCAUCUCAUGGCCCAUCAAAGAAUUCACACUGGGGAGAAACCAUAUCAGUGUGUUGAAUGUGGAAACAGCUUCAAUUCCAAGGGGACUCUCACUUCCCAUCAAAGAAUUCAUACAGGGGAAAAACCAUAUCAGUGCUUGGAAUGUGGAAAGAGAUUCAACCAAAAGGAAAAUCUCACUUCCCAUCAAAGAAUUCAUACAGGGGAAAAACCAUAUCAGUGUUUGGAAUGUGGAAAGAGAUUCAGUCGAAAUUCCCAUCGCACUUCCCACCAAAAAACUCACAGCAGGGAGAAACCAUAUCAGUGCUUGGAAUGUGGAAAGAGAUUCACCUGGAAAGGAAGUCUCACUUCACAUGAAAGAAUUCAUACAGGGGUGAAACCAUUAAAAUGCUUGUGAUGUGGAAACAACUUCAAUUCCAAGAGGAAUCUCGUGGUCCAUUGAAGACUUCAUACAGGGGAGAAACCAUAUCAGUGCUUGGAAUGUGGAAAGAACUUCAGUAAGAGCACCAAGCUCACGUCCCAUUAAAUAAUUCACCGUGGGGAGAAUCAUAGAAUUGUAGCAUUGGAAGGGACCCUAAGGUUAAUCUCUUGUCUUUGUCCAUGGAGUUUUCUUGGCAGGGAUACUGGA